CAACAAUUCUAACCGCUAAAUAACCUAUAGGCCGGCGAACAAGAUUUAACAACGAUGCUUUUGAAAGUAAACUUUCAAUUGGAAAGAUUAUGACUUUUUUUUGACAAGCGGAGUGCAAAAGGGGGAGGUUAAGAUAAGAUAAACGUGAGUGGUAGUUGAAGGCAAUUAAAUGAAAAAUAUAAAGAAACGCAUAUGUGUUAGCCCAAUCCCCCAAAUCUAGGUCGUUUUUGCUCCGAUAGACGAAGUUUUGUUAGAAAUCAUGGCAGCAGCAGCUAAAUUCGUGGUAGUCAGCACCGAAGAAUUGUUUUCGUUUGUUGUGCGAUGUAUUGAGAAAGUUGGAGGUAAAUCUUCACAUGCUGAAGCAUUAGCAGAAUUAUUAGUUGCCGCAGACAAACGUGGACAUUUUAGUCAUGGGCUGAAUAGACUUGACAUGUAUGUCCGUGAUUUAGAAACAAAAAUCACAUCAGGUACAGCAGACCCUGAAAUUGUAAAUGAAACUCCAGCAACAGCAUUGGUCGAAGGAAACAAUAUUCUUGGCCCCGUGGUUGGAAAAUUUUGCAUUGAUUUGGCUAUUAAAAAAGCUAAAGAAGUCGGUGUUGGCUGGGUUUGUGCUUCAGGUUCCAAUCAUUUUGGAAUUGCUGGCUGGUACUCAAUGAGAGCAUCAAAUCAAGGAUUAUUGGGAAUGGCAUUUACAAACACUUCUCCUCUUUUGGUACCAACACGAGCCAAAAAGCCUGCUUUGGGAACUAAUCCCAUUAGCGUCGCUGCCCCAGCACAGAAAGAUGACAGUUUUGUUCUGGAUAUGGCUACAACCACUGUAGCUUUGGGCAAGGUCGAAAUUAAUCAGAGGAAAGAUCUUUCCAUUCCAGAAGGUUGGGGAGUUGAUUCAAAUGGCAAAGUUACCAAAAAUCCUGCUGAUGUUUUUAAUAAUGGUGGACUAUUACCAUUAGGAGGUGUAGAAGAAAGUGGUGGUUACAAAGGUUAUGGCUUGGCAUUAAUGACUGAAAUAUUUUGUGGAGUCUUAGCUGGAGCAAAUUCUGGACCUAACAUUCGAUCAUGGAAAAACACAACAUCACCUGCAAACUUGGGACAUUGCUUUAUUGCUUUGGACCCAUCUGUUUUUGCUCCUGGAUUCAAAGGACGUAUGUCAGAUCUUCUUGGUCAUUUAAGGAACAUGGAUCCUCUUUUUCAUGAUAUGAACACAAUCUUUGGAAAUCACUCGCGGACACAUCAAAGUUUAUGAAACAAAGUGUGAAGUAGAAUAUGCUGCCAAGAAGAGGAAUUUAAAAUGUUUCUUUUUCCUCGCUUAAAAUAUAUUUGGACACCAAGCAUAAAUAAAUACAAUUUGUUAAAUUCUAAUGCAGUCUCGCAUUCGAAGAGGAACACUUAUGCAAGGGAAGUAACUACAUACGUUAAUAUUUAUCUGCCCUUUAUGUAUUUAUUUUGAUAUGAAUGUUCUCGAGAUUGAGAUUUGUCUCGUGGAAAAGCAACUGUUUUAGUUAGAUUAGUUUAAUUUUUUUUUGUUGAUGCUAAUUUAAUUAAAUUGAAUCAGUUUAGUUCAAAUAUCUAUAGUGAUGACACUUCUAGCUUGAUUCUGGUGAAAAGAAAUGGUUGUUUGACAGUUUCUGUCAGUAUAUGUUGGUUUUUAACAUUAGUAAACAUCGCAAAUUUGACGAGAGGGAACAGUCAAUUAAACUGACACCCAUUUAGUUUGAUACUUAUUUUAUUGAAUGCAAAAAGAGAUGUGUUAGAACAGUUUCGCUUUUCGUUUGACAUGUAACAAUUUCAGUUUUUUGCACUUUCAUUUCUGACAUUUUACUUUCGCUUUUCCCUCAUCUCUGGCUACGAUAUGGUAUGUCUGUGGAUGAUCGAACUAUUAGGAAUAGCAGACAUAUCUUCUUCAACAAAUCAUAAGGAUCAAUUUACCCUUUUUAAAAAAAAAAGGCUAUUGUCAUUAAUUUUGAGCAAAAUUAAAUAAAAGACAAACUAUACUUUCGAAUGUUUUACAAAGUCCUGCUCUUUUUUGAGUAGAUAUAACAGACUUUAUCCACAACUCUUUAGUAUUAUCAUUCAUUGAGAUUCCGGUAAUCUUCCAGUUUCGAGGGGUAAAAGAAAUAUUCAAGGGAAAUAACUGAACGACUUACCAGUAUUAUCCGUACUACUUUUUUUCUAAAACAGCAUGCGACGGAAUUUUAACAGGCAGAAAAUAAUCUAAAACAGCAUGCGAUGGAAUUUUUUUUUCUAAAAGUUUAAAAUGUUUUUUUCUUUUUACAAAACGGAAACGAAAUGGUUUGCAGAAGUACCUGACGGAACGGAGUCAAAAACAACAGGCAGAAAAUAAUCUAAAACAGCAUGCGACGGAAUUUUUUAAAUAAAAGUUUAAAAUGUUUUUUUCUUUUUCCAAAACGGAAAAUAAGAUGUUGUGCAGCCGGUCUUCCACGAGGCAUUUUCGAUUUCUCAUAAGAAACUAUGAUAUUCAAUCACGUGUGUGAUUUAUAUAUAAACAGUUAACGUCAAUCAAAUCACGUGAUUUAUUUAUAAACAAAGUAGUACGGAUAAUACUGGUAAGACGUUCAGUUAUUUCCCUUGUAAUUUAUUUACUUUUUUAACCCCUCGAAACUGGAAGAUUACGAGGUUCCUACCACAAUUUUCGAACUAAGUGAUCUCUGGUGCAUCCCUGCCUAUGUGUCAGGCUUUGUACAAUUUGCUGAAUAAUACAUCAGACUGAAAGAAUGGUUUUGGUUGAAUGUACUUUUCUAGUCGGGCGCCACUUUUUUUUUUUAUUCCUUAAAAAGUAUUUUACUUGUAAGUUCGUUUCGUCGCUAUAUGUAACUAUUGAAAUGGGUAUUAAAUUAAAGCGAAAGUUAAAAAAAAAAAAAUGCGGAAUUGCUGUGGCGAAAAACAAAACGUUCCAAAGCCGAUCCUGUGUUGUGCACAACUACACAGACGUCACAAAAAUAACAACAAAGAAAAACAAAACCCAAUGCCAUAAAUCAGUUUAUCUGGCGCCCAACUGAUUCUUUCAAUUGUUAUUAACACUAAUGUUUAUUCAUUUAUUUAAUUAUU